AGUAUGAAGUUCUAGGAGCGCUCGUGCUUACCGCCGUUACCGGAGAACUGUCAAUCAUUCGUUCGUUCCAAACCGCCUGCCGGUAUAACGCAACGGGAGUUGCCGUUCUGACCGCGCUGCCUGUCAAUCACUCCUUCACGGCGCGCGUGAGGAAAAUCUCUGCGCUCAUCUGCUGCGCGUGAAUCCACUGCUGUCCACAAUGCUGGAUACCGACGCUGCAUCCGGUGAGGAUAAAAACACUCCGCGUGCUUGAACGGUUUAGUAAUCCGGAGGGAAAUAAGCAAGAGGUAUGGAUAAACGCGACAAGAAAGCGAAAAAGGAUUCAGGGAAGUCUACGAAACGCACAGGGAAGCUGUUCCGGAGGAAAUCAUUCAAAUCAGUGGAAAGUUUGGUGAGUAAGAUCUUGAAAAGUUUGGGGAGCUUGGCUAACGGCGGAGAAACAACCGAGCGCUCGGAUGCUGAGGAGGAUGAUGGUGGGUUUGGAGAAAGCGCACCUUGCGCGGGAAACUCGGGACAUGUGAGAAAAGACAACAGCAGUCAGGUGAGGAAAAGUUCCUCGCUUCCCUGCCCUUCCUCCGCGAAAGAGCGACUGUUCUCGCUGUACGGGGAUAAAACGCCAGGCGUGCUGGGUCUGAAGAAUCACGGGAACACCUGCUUCAUGAACGCCGUCGUGCAGUGCUUGAGCAACACGGACCUGCUCGCUGAGUAUCUGUGUCUGGAGCGAUAUAAACUGGAUCUGUGUCACAGGGCAAUGAACGGGUUUAUAAAGAUUGAGAACGGUCAGCAGGAGAAAGGAGAGGUUACGGAACGGCUCGCGACUUUGGUCCGAGCGCUUUGGACUUUUCAAUACACUCCUCAACUCUCGGCUGAGUUUAAGAUGACAGUAUCUAAAUAUGGUGCACAGUUUCGUGGAAAUUCCCAGCAUGACGCUCUUGAAUUCCUGCUCUGGCUUCUGGACCGCCUCCAUGAGGACGUCAACUCAUCUUCAACCCUCCCCAGUGGGAAUAACAGAAGCAAAUCAAGUGGCAAGGGUCAAGAAGGAGGUGAUGAAAAGCCUGUCUCUGAUACCCUGACCCCACCACAGACACAGCCUGGUGUAUGUCACAGCUUUGUACAAGAGCACUUCCAGGCACAAUAUAAGUCAUCUCUGACAUGCCCACAUUGUCUUAAGCAGAGCAACACGUUUGAUCCUUUUCUGUGCAUUUCCCUCCCUAUUCCUCUUAGACAGACGAGACCAGUGUGUGUGAUUUUGGUGUUUAGCAGUAAAGGGCAGCGGUAUCUGAGAGUGGGGCUCACUGUGCCUCUCUUUGGCUCUUUGGCAUGUCUGCGCCGGAUGGUGGCAGAUGAGGGCAAGAUCUCUCCUGAUCAGGUAAUAUUGGCAGAGAUCUACACAACAGGUUUCCAGCGCUCGUUCUUUGAUGACGCUGACUUGACCAGCAUAGCAGAGAGUGACAUUAUCUAUGCCUUCCAAGCUCCGCCCCUUUACAUCAGGGGUGGAUCUGCACGAAUCUCAGGGUUGCACCACAGUCUUCCGUCCUCUCCAUACACCUUGUCUGGGCCGGAGGGUCACCGACUGGCUGCGUCCGGAGCGCUGUCCUCCGAGUUCCUGAACCAGGCUGACGGGAUGGUGAAGAUCUUGUUGCUGGUGUGUAAUACAGCCGGAGCAGGACAGCAGGCAGUAAGAUUCGGUCCUCCAUUUCUGAUGAGAGAGGACAGGUCAGUUUCGUGGGACCAGCUACAGCAGAGCAUCCUCAGUAAACUCUACUAUCUAAUGAUCAAUGGAUCACAGGCACAUAAUUUCAGGGUGUUGUUCAAGAUUCGUGUUGUUGGGGGAUCUGCAGCUUAUAGCUACUUAAAUCCUCAAGACGGACGGCCGCUUUAUCACCCUGCUGUGGACAGAGCUCUAAAGCUGUGUGGCUCAGGUGGACCACCGCAUGUGAAGCUCAUUGUUGAGUGGGAGCACAGAAUCAAAGACUGUCUGUUUGGUAAUAUCCAAGAGGAGGUGGUGAAGGACUCGGAAAGUGUUCGUGCUCAACAACAACACCACGUUCAACAGCAAAGCUGCACCCUGGAUGAGUGCUUUGAGCUCUACACCAAAGAAGAACAACUGGCCCCUGAUGAUGCAUGGAAGUGUCCUCACUGUAAGCAGCUACAGCAGGGCACGGUGCAGAUGAGCCUGUGGACUCUCCCAGACAUCCUCAUCCUUCACCUCAAGCGCUUCAGACAGGUGGGAGAGUGCCGUAACAAGCUCUCCACGCUGGUGCAGUUCCCCCUCACUGGGCUCAAUAUGGGCCGCCACAUGGUCAAGAGGAGCAACUGUGCCCGACCACCGCCCGGCUGGAAACAACAGGCCCAUCACUGGCCUGAAGCCAACCGACACACGCUGACCUUCCUGUACGACCUGUACGCCGUGUGUAACCAUCAUGGAGGCAUGCAUGGAGGCCAUUACACAGCAUACUGCAGGAAUUCAGUGGAUGGUCAGUGGUAUGCCUACGAUGACAGCAGUGUUGAGCCGGUGCCUGAGGGGGAAGUGUGCACACGUGGUGCUUAUAUCCUCUUCUAUCAGAGACGAGAUGCCAUCCCAUCCUGGUCAGCUAGCUGCUCGCUGCGAGGUGAAUGCUCUUCUCUGCAUCUCUGCCUUAAUUGUAUACCCACACUACCAAGGGGCAUAUUAGGCCCGCUGCGCUUCUCCGGUGAGGAAGGGGGCGAUGAUGCGAGCCCACUCUUCCUGGUCCCACCACUCCCGGGCCGCGAUAACCUCAAACGUAUAGAGGUAAGCCUCUAUGUCGUCGUUCUCGGUCAACCAGACGAGGUAUUGGUGCGCUUUGACCGGCACUUCCGGGAGGGGCAGGCGCCCCGCCACGCUGGCCUGCAGCUGUUCCACGACCCGGUCAGUAUACUCCUGCCGGGCUGCCAGUCGUUCGAUCCCUCUCCUGGGGUGCCAUCGGAGUCUGUGAAUAAGGAGAAACAAGCAUUAAUGUCGCCUGGAGCUCCAGUGUGCCUUCCCUCUGGUGUCUCUUCUCCUGGCUUUUAUGGGCAGGGGGAACGAGCUCCAGAUCCCUCUCCUGGGGUGCCAUCGGAGUCUGUGAAUAAGGAGAAACAAGCAUUAAUGUCACCUGGAGCUCCAGUGUGCCUUUCCUCUGGUGUCUCUUCUCCUGGCUUUUAUGGGCAGGGGGAACGAGCUCCAGAUGUAGUUGAGCCGACGCCAUUUGUACGAAGCGUCCGGGGCCACAGUAUGAGUAUGCGCUACCACUCCAAAUCCAAGACGGGCCCAAGCAAAGUUCUUCCACUGCGCUGGUCAUUUGCUUCCAAGGACCGCAGAAAGCCCUCCAGCGUCGCUCCACAACCCGGAAACGGCGAGCUGGUGGAGUACCUUGAGUCCGAUGUAGUUGAGCCGACGCCAUUUGUACGAAGCGUCCGGGGCCACAGUAUGAGUAUGCGCUACCACUCCAAAUCCAAGACGGGCCCAAGCAAAGUUCUUCCACUGCGCUGGUCAUUUGCUUCCAAGGACCGCAGAAAGCCCUCCAGCGUCGCUCCACAACCCGGAAACGGCGAGCUGGUGGAGUACCUUGAGUCCGGCCGGCGGCCUCGAUGCACCAAGGAGCCAAUAGUAAGUAUCGUGGCUAGUCCUUCACAGAUCAAAGCCCAGAUUCGCGAGGACGAUUCUCUGAGUUCCCCAAGCUGUAGCAGUAGUGUGGAGCGAUGUAGCUAUCAAGGUCCAGAUUCCCCCAGACUGCCCGAAGGCCAGAGCAGACCAGCAGCGGACCUCAACGGCAUCACAUCCGAUGGCUCGUUGGCCAAAAACAGUUCAAAAAGCAGGCAGGACCACGAAAGGACUCAAGCCAGUAAGUCGCUUCAAGGUUCCCCUUGUGCACUUUCCAAUGGUACUGGCAACAGUGCAUCUUAUUCCAGAGACUCCACGUUAAAACGGCUACGAAACCAGCCGGCUGCGACUAACAGGACUCAUCCCAGCCAGAUGCAGACAGCCACAGGGGAAAGCAGGAGCAAAGAUGGCGCCAUCAUCAGUACCACCCAAUUGCAGGAUAAGGAGGUGGUUCACGGGAAAACGUUUUCCAGCAAGAGCUUGACCAAACUGUCACUAUCCAACGGGACUCUAAAUGGAAAGGGCAUUGAGGUGAGGAAAACCAGCACUGCUCACAAGAGCACCAGUAAUGCACUUAAUAGCAGAGAAAACCAGGUUUGUUCAAGCUCAGCUGAUAUAAAACGAGCCCACAGCUCAUCCAAUAUUCAGAGCAGGCUAGAUAUGACUUUGAAAAGGACAAUGUCUCUCCAAAGAAACGGUCCAUUGGUGCCGGCCCCCCAUAAAGGACCUGCGGUAGAUAAAUCCUCCUAUGCAACACUACAGAAAAUCAGAUACAGAAGCACUUCACUUGGCAGACAGAGACCUGUGCCCGAGUCCUGCUUCUGAUGGGUUUCAUCUUCACUGUGGGAAAUAGUGUUUGUACUGUAUAUAUGUUUCAUGCCUAAUAUUGCAUACUGUUGCUCUUUUCCAAAACCUAGUGAGCAUUGAAAAGCAUUUUAUGCACGUUUCCAACACAAAGCCUGGUCGAAAUGGCUUAAAACGCCUCGUUUUCACCAAAGGCAGCAGGUAGUCUUUAAAGAGAUUGCAGUUCUAUAAUGCAUUGCAAAAAAUUCAGUGAACAAAUCCAAGACGAC